AUGUCGUCGGAAUUGGAUUCUGCAGCUGAGAUAAAUUCCACUUAUCCAGGCUUCCCGAAACCAGGGAGUGUGGUGGUGCGAGCGGAGGAAGCCCUGCUGGUGAUUCUGGUGCUCCUCCUGUGGGUAGGAGCCAUCGCCCUCUUCUUCAAUCGUUGGGGCAAAAUCCGCAUGCUCGAGCCUUAUCAACCGAAAUUUCAACAGCAACACCGUCCAAGCUGCGCUAUCGUUGAUCCAUCUCCCCUGCCAAUGCGUUCGUGUUCGAAAUUCAACAUCCACACUCUGGACCACUCGCAAUGUCAAUCAAUCAUGGCCAGACCGCGGCAGAACAGUGUUUUCGUGGGUUCCAGCAUGUCAUAUCUUCCCGGUAAUGUGCCAAGACGGACGAAAAGUGCAUUCGACCUUCAAUCGUUGAUGCUGGACGAGGGAAUUGAGAGAUGUCAGCAGACAUCAGAGAUACCCGUGGAGGAGGAGGAGAAGGAGGACGAGGCGCCUGCCACACUCAAGCCAUUCAAUGAGUAUUCAAAGCCAUCAAGAUCAUUCCAGCGGGAGAGGGGCAUGAGUAUUUGUCAAUUCGAUAGGACUGAUGUACUAGCUAGACCAAUGCAGCGUGAAAGAGGAAUGAGCAUCUGUCAUUUUGAUAGAAUGGACGUGCUUGCUCAUCCCAUAACACCGAGGGACAGGAGAAUGAGCAUUUGUCACUUUGACAGGAUGGAUGUACUUGCUAGACCGUCAGCGGUGGUCAAGGGAAGUCGAUCCAGUGUUUUUAGUAAUGCUGAGAAACUCGAGUGUCUUGGUAGAUCGCAGUAUCAACGAGGUAGUCGAUGUAGUAUCGGAAAUUUCGAGGCAUCAGCCAAGUUUUUGCAGCAGAGGAUCAAGGACAGGACUGAAUCGCUGGGGAGAAACAUGGCGCAGAGGGUCCAUGGGGGCAGCGGGGGCAUCUUUGAUAGACCCUCUUGCAGCAAAACACCUGAUGUCGUGCUGGGGUACAAGGCCACGUGUGUGUGAAUGGUUUUUCGAGAGGUGAAGGGAUCAAAUGGGUCGAGAUUGAUGGGAGUUUUUGCUGUCGCGAGAUUAUCGCGAGAAUGAAUGAUUUUCUCGGGAGUGGUUUGAGGAGAUGUGGUGGAGCUUUCUUGGAGAUGAA